UUAAAAGUAACCUGAAAGUUUUUGAAAGUUAUUGUUGGUCAAUGAUUCGAGGUUAAUUCUUCAUUUACAAAAGCAGAUUACACUUUCCAACAUGAAUCCAGAUUCAGCGAAAAACGCUGAGUUGAAACAUGUGAAGUUAUAAUAUUGAUGACUGCGUUCAAAUGCUCAGCAAGAUCUCAUUCAUACUUGAAACAUGCUAGGACUGUUUUGCCGAAGCGUGAUUCAGCUGCAAACCUCAUCUGCCAACGAAACUCAAGCAACAGCGGUGCUGUUCCAGGAUCCAAAGAUGGUGGAGUGGAUUUGUCGAAGCCUCUGAUCGUUUCGAAGUACACUCGACUGGAGUUUGAGCAGAAGAGGUGGGGCAUCAGAGGCAGUGAGUUGAAGCAGUUCCUGCAGCUUCAGGGAUCCAGUUACGACAACCUGAUAGACAAACACAAGCAGCACUAUUCGGUGCUACAAAAAGUGGAACAAACUCUCAAAGAUUUGGGAGCUGAUGGGACGACAGUGCAGCGGGAGGAUUACACGGAAGACCUCAUAGCCAACUCCUCAGUCAUAAUUUCAGUAGGAGGCGACGGGACCUUUCUACAGGCAGCCUCCAAGAUAACCUCCCGAGACAAGGCGUUGAUUGGGGUGAACAGUGACAAGAACAAGUCUUUGGGAAUUCUGUGUCUGCCGAGUAAAUUCACGGACAGCUGUGCAGAUGGGUUCAAACAAUUAAUGCAGGGCAAAUUCAAAUGGCUCUUCAGGAACAGAAUCAGGCUGACGAUAGACAGCAACGGGAGCAUGCCUUCUGCCAUCUCGCUCUCUGAUGAGCAGAUGAAAUUCUACGACCACCUCAGUGACCUCAGAAACAGCAGCCUCAUCAUCUCAUCUGCCUAUUCUGUUGCCCAAAACCACACCCACCCAUCAUCACAACAUGCCACUACAGAUCACAAGAGAUCGAAUAGGACUACCCUGCCAAUCAGGGCACUCAAUGAAGUCUACAUUGGGGAGUACGUGGCUUCGGGUACUUCCUACUUCGAGAUGCAAGUCAACCAGGAACCAAUCAACAAACACAAGUCAUCAGGUCUUAUUGUGUGCACUGGAACUGGAUCUCAGGCUUGGUUCUCCUCUCACAGAAACCUGAGCACAGAACAGGUGUCCAAAGUACUCAAAAUUUCCUCUCGCUACCUGAAAAAUAUUCCACAAUCAGAACAGCUGCUCACUUCGUUGGAUGAAGCACAGCUGACGGAAAUCAGCGAGGCUUAUUUGAGGGAGUUUGUUCACAUGGAUCCCUGCAGUAGCAAAAUGAUGUUCUCCGUUAAAGACCCGCUUCACAAUCAGGUGUUCCGCAGACCCCUGGGUUCCCUCUCGCAUCCAUUCCGAGAACAAGGAGUGGCAGACACCCUCAACGUCCAUUCUAGACUGUGGGAUGGCUGCGUGAUUCUAGACGGCAACUGGGCCUACGGAUUCGACACGGGUGCCUGGAUAUCCCUCGAAAUACUGGACGAAGAUGCUCUGAAAACUGUGCAAUUGAUCGACUGAUAAUAAUUGUAAAAAACGAGUCUUACGAACGAGAAGAGGAUCGGAAAGUAGCUUAUCCAAAAUUGAUGUGCAAUUGAUCUAAGGUUGAAAAUGACUUUUUUGAUUGAACUUAAUUUGCUCAUGAGUUUUUUCAUUUACAAAUGAUUUCAGAUAUGAAUUGAUUCUCAAGCAGUAUGCCCUGUUCAGUUUUAUAAUUAGUGCCAAAUUGUUGCCAAAAUCCUUUCCGGUCAACCAAUCUGAACAAAAACUGCUCUUCGUGAAACCUUUUUUAAAUCAUUUCAGCACGC